AUGGCCUCGACAUUCGUUAACUGGCUGAGGAGUCCCGCUGGACGAGAGUACUUUUUCAGCACACACUUCUGGGGCCCGGUAGCAAACUGGGGUCUCCCGCUCGCCGCGAUUGCAGACCUGACAGGCAAGGACGAGGAGAUGAUCUCCGGUACGAUGACAACUGCCUUGGCUAGCUAUUCAAUGGUAUUCAUGCGUUUUGCAUGGCGCGUGCAACCACGGAAUUACCUCCUCUUCGCAUGCCAUGCAACCAACGCUACUGCGCAGACCGCUCAGCUCGCUCGGUUCGUGAACUACUGGCACUUUGGGGGCCGAGAGAAGAAGCUCGGUCAACCAGGGGUGGCAGUCCAGGACGCAUUGUCCAAGGUUAAAGCUGGCGGACAGGCUGCGGCCGAGGCUACUAAAGCUGAAGCUGCCGGUGUGGUAGAAGCAGUUAAAAAAUCGGUGGGCAAGUGA